AAAUUGGAUGUCCAAGAAUGUUAGAAAACAAGAAUGUUAGAAGACACAAACAGAAUGUCAUAAACAGAUCUAAUAAGAGGUAUUACAUAAAUAAAGGAAGCGAGUGGGCGGCAACAGUAUCCAUGGUGAUUAGUUACUGAGACUUAACUUUAUCUUUCGAAAAGUUCAAGACAGUCAUUACAGUUUGUAAAUAAACAAUGAUGAAAAUUAGCAGAACAUACCAACACUUAACAGCUGACAUGAAGGUCUGUAAAAUUUACGUCUUUUUUCUCUUUCUGUUGCUGAACAAAACCCAGGAGGAUGAUACAGUAACAGAGGACAUCGGAGUUCAUCAGCUGGAACGCUUAGUGGAGCUGCUGACCUCCAAAGAGUGUGAGGACCUCCUGAUUGCCCUGUCUCGCCAAGAAGAGGACAUUUUUCAGCACAUUGACCGUCUGUCUCCAGAAAAUAAUCAGCUGGAUCUCAAACUUCGAGCCAAGAGAGACACCUCUGCUGCGUCCACAGAAGAUGAAAAGGGUCAAUGCAGAACAGCUCUGACAGAUUGGAUGCUAGAGUUUGGUGAGAAGACAUACUACGACAAGCUCUCUCGCGCUUUGCAGCACGUUGGCAGAACAGACAUUGCCUUGGAAGUGGGGAAGAACAUCAACCAGGAUAAAGCCUUAAGCUUGAAGCGCUACGUUGAGGACUACGAGAAACAUGCCAAAUCCCUAAACAGCCGCUUCACGAAUGCAGAUGCAAAUAAGGAGCAGCGGGCUCAUCAAAGAUUCAGAAAAAUAAAGAUUGGGGAUCUGACGUGGCGUGACCUGGAUCUGAUCGUGAGACGAGCUCCUGUACCUCCGUAUCCCAGGGGGCCUCUGGAUGUAGUUCUUCCCAUUUUUUAUGGCCUCCUGCUGAGCUCAGUUUCAUGUGCAGUUGUACUCCACAUCGUUAUGCUCGUCUGCCAAAGGUCAAGUUGAUUUUAGGAUGAAAUCAGGAUUUCAGAAGCAGAAAUGUUUGUCUGUGUGAAGAGAAUAAGAACAAUGUAGCAUUGCAAAGAGGUCAAUAAAAACUUCA